GGCCUGGGCUGUGGCCUCAGUUUCCUUGUCUGUAAAGUGGGCAUGCUGUUAAGGGAACAGCUGAAACAUGCAGGCUUUUAGGCUACAGGAGGAGUGACUCAUGAUGGUACUCCAAAAGCAGCAUUCCUUUUUUGUUUUUUUAUAAAGGGAUUAUAAAAGUGAUGCAUGUUUAUUGUAUAAAAUUAGAAAACACAGCCAAGCCUAAAGAAAGGAAAUUUCCCCUGGAGUCCCACCGCAUGGAGACAUCCACUUCUCAUUCUGGUAUACUUUCUUCUACAUUUUUUUUUCUUAAAAAAGAUUUUUUAAAGAAAAAUGUAGGAUAAAAUAUACUAAAACAAGGAGUGGAUAUCUCCGUGUGAUUAUUUUAUUGUUCUUUUUGUAACCUCUUGAGUAGUAUGCUUAGUUCAUUAUUUUAGACUUCCUUGUGUUCCAAUAUUUUCAGUUAAUUCCAUAAUUUUUUCUCUGAGUCCCACUUUGGCUAUAUUUCACAGGAUUUGGUAUAUACUGGCCUCAUUGUCAUUCAUUUCUGUAUUGUUUAUAAUUUCACUGUAUUUAUUAUUUAACCCAAGAGUUAUAAUAGACGUGUGUUAUUUAAUUUCCCAGUGGGUACUUUCGGGGAGGAGUGAGGGCUUCUUUUUCCCUGUAACACUGCAGUCAUGUGCCACAUAAUGACAUUUCAGCCAAUUACAGAUUGCAUAUACAAGAGUGGUCCAUAAGAUUAGAAAGGAGCAUAUGUGGAAACCUGAUAGUGGCACUGCAGACAAGUAAGGGAAAUGACUGAUGUUCAGUAAUGGUGCGGGGACAUUUGGUUUUCCUGAUGAAAAAAUACAUAUACAUAAAAAUAUAUAUUUACCAUCUAGGUGUGUGUAAGUACACUCUUAUGUUCACAUAGUGAUGAAAUUGCCUAACAAUGCAUUUCUCACACUGUUUCCCUGUCAUUAAGUGAAGCAUCACUGUAUAUGAAUUUAAUUAUUUCUGCAUUUUUAAAUUUUUUUGAGGUUUUAUAUGUGGCUUAGUAUUUGGUCAGUUUUAGUGAAUGUUACAUGUGUGUCCGAAAUGAAAGUGUAAGUUUUCACGAAUGUUCAUUGCAGCACUAUUCAUAGUAGCCGAGACCUGGAAUACUCCUAAAAGCCCAUCAGUGACACAGGAUAAAGAAAAUGUGUUACAUAUACAUCAUGGAAUACUAUGCAGCCAUAAAAAAGAAUGAGAUUAUGUCUUUUUUGGGAAAAUGGAUGGAGCUGGAGGCCAUUAUCCUUAGCAAACUAAUGCAGGAACAGAAAACCAGAUACCACAUGUUCUCACUUAAAAGUGGGAGCUAGAUGAUGAGAACACAUGGACACAUAGAGGGGAACAGCAGCACCGUUGUUCCUGGAGCCUUCUUGGUUUUAGCGAUCCAAGGGAGGAGGGAGAGGAGCAGAAAAAAUAACUAUUGGAUACUAGGCAUAGUGCCUGCAUGAUGAAAUAAUCUGUACAACGAACCCCCACGACACGAGUUUACUUAUACAACAAACCUGCACAUGUACUCCUGAACCUAAAAUAAAAGUUAAAAAAAAGAGAAAGUGUGUUUUAGAACAAAGUUUGAGCCGUAACCGAUUGGAUCAGGCUUAUUGAUUGUGUUAUUCAAAUCAUCUCAACACUAGCCAUAUUUUACAGCUACAUAAUUGGUUGAUUUCUAAGAAGUUUACCACAAAAAUUAAGAAUUUGUCUAUUUUUUCUUGCACAAUUCUUGCUUUCUAUGUUUCAAAGCUGUGUUGUUAGGAAAACAGGGUUCAUGUCUCCUGUAUUAUCUUAGUGCGUUAUACACUAUCAAUAUAAAACAUGCCUUUUGUCCUACAUCACAUUGCUUGUUUUUUCCAAGAUCCAGAUCAGAGUUCAUUCUUAAUUUUGGCUGUUCUUCUAAGUGAUUAAGGUACAAUUUUAUAUUUUGUACUUCUUUUACUUCAGAUUGUCUUCUGGUUUAUUUUCUACCUUUUAUAGUUUUUUGAUUUGAGUAUUUAGGUCACUUAUUUUCAUUCUCUGUUAUUCAAUAAACACCUUUAAGGUUAUGGAUUUGCCUUGGGCACACCCAAUAAGGUUUUUAAUAAUGCAUUGCUCUAAUUAUUAGUGUCCUCUUAUUAGUGGUUGUAUAGAUAUUUCAUCUCUCAAAGACAGAGUGAGUUGGAGAAGACUCUCCCACUGUAAGUGAGAUUUUUCAUUUUCUCAUAUAUUGCUGAUUGAUUUUGUUUCAUAUGUUUGACGUUAUUUUAUUGGUGGACAGAACUUUGUGAUGUUACUUUUGUAAUUUGUGUCUUUUUUCAACACAAAAUAGCUUUCUUUUUCUGCUUAAAUCGUUUGUCUUGAAUCAUUUUAGGGAUGUUAACAUUACCAUCACUACUUUUGCUUGUAUAUACUCAAUAUGUUUUUGCCCAUCUUUUUUUUUUUUUUUUUUUUUUGUGACAUAGAGUCUUGCUGUGUCAUCCAGGCUGAAGUGCAGUGGUGCAAUCUCUUGCCUCAGCCUCUCGAGUAGCUGAGACUACAGGCAUUCGCCACCACACCUGGCUAUUUUUUGUAUUUUUAAGAGAGAUGGGGUUUCACCAUAUUGGCCAGGCUGGUCUCAAACUCCUGACCUUGUGAUCCACCUACCUUGGCCUCUUAAAGUGCUGGGAUUACAGGCAUGAGCCACCAUGCCCUGCCAUUUUUGCCCUUUUAAAAAUUUAAUUAAUUUUUUAAAAAAUUAUUAUUUUUUGAGACAGGGUCUCACUAUGUUGCCCAGUCAGGAGUGCAGUGGCAUUAUCUCAGCUCACCACAAUCUCAGCCUGCUGGGUAGCUGGGACCAUAGGUGCAUGCCACACCUGGCUAAUUUAUUUUUAUUUUUGGUUAGAGACAAGGUCUCACCAUGUUGCCUAGGCUGGUCUUGAACUCCUGGGCUCAAGCCAUUUGCCCGUCUCAGCCUCCCAAAGUUCUGGGAUUGCAGGUGUGAGCCACCAAGCCCAGCCACAUCUUUUUACUUUCACCUUAUUUAUGCCAAUUUGUUAUUGGUGCAUGUCUAAUUAGUAGUAUGUGAAUGGGUUUUGGUGUGUGUCUAGUAGUACGUGAAUGGGUUUUUGGUGUGGGUCUAACUGUAGUAUGUGAAUGGUUUUUUUUUCUAUUCAACACGAGGUUCUUUUCCUUUUAAAAGUCGAAUUACAUGCAUUCACGUUGGUUGUGAUAACAGAUAUGCCUGAUCUUUAUUCAGUUAUCCUAUUUUGUUUUAUUGACUGAUUGGUUGUUUCCCCCAAAUAAUUAUUUUCCACAAAGGCAGAAGAGUAGAUAGCGUUUCUCUUCUCUGAAAUUUCUCUUUUCUUUCUCUCCCUUUCCCUCUGUCUUUCCUCCUAGAGUGAAUCUGAUUGAACAGAUAAUAAUUUCCUUGAUUUUCUACCAUAUAUCUCUAAAAUUAGUUUGUUUUGCCUGUUUUUGAAUUUCAUACAAUCUGUGUACCCUUUUGUAUCUGACUUCUUUCUCUUGGGAUAGAGUGAUGAGCGUCACCAUCUAGCUAGGGGUAGCAGCGCUUGUCCAUUCUCACUGCUGCUGAGGAGUCUGCAUAGCUGCUGCACCUUGGAUGGCGGUUGGGUAGUUUCCAGCUGGGGCUCUUCCCAACAGUGCAGCUAGUGAACAGUCUCCUGCACCUAUCCUGCUGCAUCUGUGCAGUUUCUAGGGCACAAAGCCAGGAGUGGAACUGUGGGUGUGGGGCAGGCACACUUUCUGCUCUGCUAAAUGAUUCCAAACAUUGUUUCCAAUGGACAUGUCAGUUUAGCUCUCCAGCAGUGUGUGAACAAGCUUGGCAGCACUGGCAGCAGGGUGAAGCAGGAGCUUCCUGCAGGGGCAGUAUGAGGAGCCUGGGAUCCUUGGGAGGGUAGACCUCAGGGGAGUGGUGGCAAGGUGUCCCCAGAUGUCAUUCAUUUUGCUGAUUCAUGAAGACCCAAGUCUGCAAGAUGCUUCCUCUUAGGAAGCCACCUUCUUAGGCUAAACAUACCUAGAUUUCCUCAACCCAGGAGCUCUUCCCUUGAAAAUACAGACCCUGGGCCUUAUUUUCACUGCCAUGAGUUGCAGUGGCUCAUGCCUGUAAUCCCAGCACUUUGGAAGGCCCAUGGGGGAGAAUUGCUUGAGGCCUGGUGCUUGAGACCAGCCUGGGCAACACAGCAAGACCUUGUCUCUAAAAAAAUAAAAAAUAAAUUAGCCAGGCAUGGUGGUGCACACCUGUGGUCCCAGCUACUCGGAAGGCUGAGGUAGGAGAAUUGCUUGAGUCUAGGAGGUGGAGGCUGCAGUGAGCUAUGAUCCCACCAUCACACUCUAGCAUGGUGACAGUGAGACCCUCUCUCUUAAAAAAAGAAAAGAAAAAACGAAAAGAAGAAAAGUAAAGAAAAUACAGACCGUGAGGGAAAAAAGAAACCUUCAGUUCCACCUUAAUCACAUCACACACUACAAGAGCUAGUUAUCCUCCCCACUCAGUGCCUCAGUUCCCACACCUCCAGGGGGCAUCAGAGGGGCUUCAUGAAGGGGCCUGGGCUGGGCACUAGGGUGCUUCAUGGUCCAGGCACCAGGCACUGUCAUGAGCUAGACACGUUGUACUGUCACAGGCUCGGAACUACACACUGGGACACCAACAAGGCCAAGGCUGGGCAUCAGGUACACUACAGAGAGCCGGGCCCAGAAGGCAGUGUCAUGGGCUGGGCACCAGGAAUACCACUCCAGGGAGGUUCCCAAUAACACCAUCACCUUGUAGCCCUGGCAGGGCCUUGCCAUGACCACACUGCCUCCUUCCCAGAGUCCUGAAACUGCCACAGCCAGAUAGACCCCUAACCUGGGGCAGACGCCUACUCCCACAAUCCAGAACACAUAAACCAUGUGUUCUAGAAUCUUGGCAGGUGCCCCACUCCCUCUGCCUCCACAACCGAUUAGAAGGAGCAGUGAGGACUAGAUACCUGCUUGCCAUGGCCUGUGGGCUGGGGGAUCUUCAAGGCCUUCUUACAUCUCCACUUCCUUCUGCCAUAUUAGAUAAUCAGCCGUAUAUUGAUGGGCCCUGGUUCUGGGGCUGUGGUCAGACCAACAUAUCCUGCAGGAUGGUGAAGGCAGAGGUAGGCAAGUGGCUGUGGCAGGUGAGCAUCCUGUUACUGGGCACGUACAUCUGCAGCAGCUCCCUCAUCCACCACUGGUGGGUCCUCACGGCUGCACACUGCUUUCAGAGAUCCAAGGACCCCAGCCAGUACUCUGUGAUGGUGGGAGUCCAUCAACUCCCAGAAAAUGGCACUCAGCUCCUGGUCACUCACAUCGUGAUUCAUGAGGAUUUCAACAAUUUCAUGUCUCAGGACAUUGCCCUCCUGAAGCUCAAGAACUUCGUCUCCUGGACCCCCCUCAUCCAGCCCGUCUGCCUCCUCAACGUCAAGUUCAGGCCAUCCAUUGGAACCGUGUGCUGGGUAAUCGGCUGGGGAAAUACAGGGCAAAAAGUGACCCCAAGUACCCCCUACAGUCUUCAGGAGGUGGCUGUCAGGAUCGUGAACAAUGAUAUCUGCCAACACCGGUACCAAUUCCUCUUCUUGAAGGACAAGAGGAGCUUCAUCGGGAAUGAUGUGCUGUGUGCCAGCUCCGAAUGGGGCUUGGAUGCUUGUCAGGAUUUAAGGGGAAGCUCCCUUGUCUGCCAAAUGAACAAGACCUGGAUUCAGAUGGGAGUGGUGAGCUGGAGCUUUAGCUGCAGGUGGCGCCACUUCCCGGGCAUCUACACCAGCACUGCCCACUUCACCUCCUGCAUCAGGGCUCAGGUUUUUGACCUGAGGUUCGUCAGUAGGGCUGACCCUGCCUUUCUGAGCCCAGUUAUUCUCACUGGCUACCUUCUGCUGGCCUCCUUGGGCUCCCGUGGCUCCUGUGAGUGGUGUUAAGGACAGCUGCUCCCAGAGGCUGCUUCUCCCUCCCCUGUGUUCUGCCCUUUGAAGUGCAGACCAGAGGUUGUACAGGAUGGCAGCAGGGCAGAGCAGCCCCUGGGGAGGGUCCAAGAGCCACUGUUAUUUUCUGUUGUUCAAUGAAGAUGCUUUUGAACUUGAAGCCACUCAAGUGAUUGUCUUUCUUCUUGACCUCGGCCAGAACCCUUCACAACCUCCCUAACCCCCAGGAAGUAUUGGCUGUUCUCUUAAGCUGAGCCUCCCCUCAUAGCGUUAUGCCAUGUCUGUCUUGUGCUUGUUGUGUGACCCUGGGAGACUGUUCCCCUCCCUCUUCCUCCAAAUGUGGGACUGCAGCCCCGGCUUAGUCAUCCCAGCACUCCAGCAAUCCCCAGGUCCCCAUAGCCCUACCCAUGAGUAUGUGACAGACACUUUCCCUCAGGCCUUCCUGCGAGGGCUGGCCUCUUCCCAAGAACCUCACCAUGGUUAGAUCACAGACCAGAUCACACACUCAUGGACCGUGUUCCAGAACCCACGGGCCUCUCCCAAGCCCUCAUAUCCCUCUGAGGAUCUGCAGAGCCUGAACAUUCCUCUUCCCUCUCUGGCAGAGGUAGGCGAUGUGGGGACAGGGCAGAGUGCCUACCUGGGUGAUGAAUGUGUGAGGUGACUGUGCCCUGAACUCCUGCGCUGCCUUGAUGACCUCUGUUAGACUCUGCAGCAUGAGCAAGGCUGGCCCAAGCUAGCCAGGCUGAAGACAGAGCCCUGCCACUGUGUGAGGAAUGAGGGGCCCCUCAGACCUAGUGGGCCUCAGGUGCAGAACAGCCAGCCACCCCUAUUCCUCAGGGCAGCUGAAGGGUGUAAUUUACUGCCUUUUCAAUGGAGCAUGGAGUGGCCAGCUCGUGUGUAGCCCAAGACCACAGGCCCUCACACAUGUUAGAAUAUCC